AUGGCAUCCUCUAAACCCACCGCCAAUAUGCUGUGGGGCGGCCGCUUCACUUCUGGUCUAGAUCCGCUCAUGGUUACCUAUAAUGAGUCAAUCCACUUUGAUCGUCGGAUCUAUGCUCAAGAUAUUCGUGGAUCGAUCGCUUAUGCUCGUGCAAACACGAAGCUCGGAUUACUUACCCCAAAGGAGUUCAAAGAAAUCGAGCGAGGAUUUGGGCAGGUCAUGUCGGAAUGGGAUGAAGAUGCAUUCAAAAUCGUCCCGGGAGUCGAUGAGGACAUCCACACCGCCAAUGAACGACGACUGGGAGAAAUCAUUGGCAAGGAAAUCGCAGGAAAGUUGCAUACUGGCAGGAGCCGGAACGAUCAAGUGGCUACCGGCAUGCGCCUGUGGCUACGGGACGAGCUCCGUGCCAUCGAAGAGCAUCUGGUCUCUUUCCUGCGCGUCACAACAUCAAGGGCAAAGGCUGAGAUAGCCGCUCUCAUGCCUGGCUACACCCAUCUUCAGCGGGCAAUGCCGAUUCGCUGGGCUCACUGGUUGCUAUCCUACGGCACCUUCUUUGCCGACGACCUGGAACGGCUCCGCGAGGUCAUCAAGCGUGUCAAUCGGUGCCCGCUCGGUUCGGGAGCACUUGUAGGCAAUGGCUUCGGCAUUGACCGAGAUGCCAUGGCAGAGGAGCUCGGAUUUGAAGGUCUUAUCAACAACUCCAUGGCUGGUGUCGCUGAUCGAGACUUUGUCAUCGAGACUCUGCAGUGGGCCGCCUCAUUCAUGGCACACAUCAGCCGUUGGUCGGAAGACUUGAUCAUCUACUCGACAGCCGAAUUUGGAUUCGUCCGCCUUGCCGAUGCCUACUCCACCGGCAGCUCGUUGAUGCCUCAGAAGAAGAACCCCGAUUCGCUGGAGCUCCUGCGAGGUAAAUCUGGUCGUGUCUUUGGUCACAUGGCCGGGCUUAUGAUGAGUGCCAAAGGUCUUCCGUCGACCUACAACAAGGAUCUGCAGGAGAGCUGGGAGACCAUGAUCGAUGGUGUGAAGACAAUAUCUGACUCGGUUCAGAUAGCCACAGGUGUUCUGUCAACUCUAAGCAUUUUCCCCGAGAAAAUGAGAGCUGCCCUCACUCCAGACAUGCUCGCCACCGAUCUUGCCGACUACCUGGUCCGCAAAGGCGUCCCUUUCCGGGAGACGCAUCACAUUAGUGGCCGCGUUGUUGCAUUGGCGGAGCAGGAAGGCGUUCUCAUGGAUAAGCUCAGCGUUGAGCAGCUGCAAGACGUGGACGAGCGUUUCGGGGAUGAUGUGGUUCAAGCAGUGUUUGACUUUGAACAGAGUGUCGAAAAGCGUACGUCAAAAGGAGGGACCAGCAAGAAGAGCGUACUGGAGCAGAUUGCAAUAAUACAAGAGCUACUUCAGUAG